UCUUUCCCUCUUUUGUCUCGAGACGCAGCAUCAUCGCAGUGUGAUGGCGGAGUGAUUUGCGUCAAGCCUCGAGCCCAACCCGCUCCCUCUCUUCUUCGUCAAGAAAGAGGAGGAAAGAAAGAAAGAAAGAGAGAGAGAAGAAGCCGCUCGUGACGCUGAGAUUUACCGGAGGAGCGAACGGGGCAAAAUAUAAACAAAUGCCAAAAGAAUAGACUGCAUCUCAUUACAUCACCGAGAGAGAACCGAGUCCAUCCGGGUACCGGGAGUGAACGCGGCUCGCGACGUGAUGUUUAUUUUUGCUCCGGUGUGACACGAGCCGAUUUUUACAACAACAACAACAAAAUGCCCAGUUAGUAAAGGUUAUAUAGGGGCGCGGGACCAGAGCUCAUCAGCGUCAGCACCAGCGCGGGACCGCCGGAGACUGGGGUGAUGUGAACGGAAAGUGCUCGAGACGCCGCCGCCAUGGCCGAGGAGGCGGAUAUAGAGGCGGAUGCGGGAGCUACCGGCUGCACGGACAAGUAUGAGGAGUAUGAGUGCAAGAUCUGCUACAACUACUUUGACCUGGACCGGCGCGCGCCCAAGAUCCUGGAGUGCCUGCACACGUUCUGCGAGGAGUGUCUGCAUGCGCUGCACCUGCGCGAGGAGCGGCCAUGGCGCGUCACGUGCCCCGUGUGCCGCCACCGCACGCCCGUGCCGGAUUACCGGAUACGCAACUUGCCCAACAACACCAAGGUCACGGAGGACUUCCCGCUGCGCGUGGACGUGGACGCUGACCCUGUGCCGCAGGACGCGCUGCCACCGCACCCCCCGUCGCUGCAUCCGGCGCUCGCGGCCCUGCGGCGCGACGACGCGUCGAGCGCGUCCGGCCCGAGCCGCCACGCGCACGCGACCCCGUCAACCACGGCGUCCACGGCCACCAUGACGCUCUCGCAGGACUCGGUGGUGUCACGUCGCGAGAGCUGCCACGAGGGCUGCUGCAGGCGCCUCGCGCUCACCGCCGGCUGCGCGUGCGUCGCGUUCUCGUUCGUGGCCAUGCUCGCGUUGCUCUUCGCCGGCCUCGUGUUCGUGCACGGAAACUCCGCGGACCGGCCGCCGUCUCCCGCCGGUCCCGUGUGCCUGUCGGUCGCGAGCGUCCUCGCCAUGGUGGCCGUGGUAGUCACGUGGCUCCUCUGCUGGCUGAAAUACAGACCGGAGCACGAGACGACCGGCCGCGCCUCGGCCACGAGCAACAGCAGCAGGAGAAACGCAUGAGCUCUCUCUCUCUUUCUGUGUGCGUGCGUGCGCGCGCGCGUGUAUUUGUGUGUGCUAUUGUCGUUCACUGUGUAUUAUCAUCUUGUCCUCCAUGAUCAGUUCGAGCGGAUGGAUAUUUGCUCUUAUUCUACCCUAUGCACUUAAAACACGACUGACAAUCUCAAUCAAUCAGAAUCUCUCUCUCUCUCUCUCUCUCUCUCUCUCUCUCUCUCUCACACACACACACACACACACACACACACACGCACACACACACACACUCUCUUUUCCUCAUGUCAAGUUGCAAAAUCCCACCACAUAACACAUAUUUACAUUUUUGACCAGUCCUAGAUUUAUACUCAAAAACCAAUCAGACCCAUAACUCAACAUGACGUCGUACAAGACUAAUGAAUUAUUCAGGAAUUAAUCACAAUCAAUCCAAGAUGUUUAAAGUAUCUCUGAAAUGCAAUAGAAAACUACGACGACCAUUUUACGUAGAAGAACAAUUGUUCAGUUUGUUUUCUAUAUCCAGAACAACAACAAAAAGAUUUAGUUUCAUCACUGAUAGAAGAGUUCGCAAGCCGUGCUUCUGUGGUUCUGUGGUUAAACGCUUCCGGGUCUCACGUGUCAUAUCAAAGCCACAUAACUGAUUUAUGGAGUACAUAUGUAACGCUCCUUAUAUAGAUUUUAUGCCAAAAUAUAAAACAAAAACGACACAACCUCCCACGUGAUACCUGUAACAUUAAAAUCAGCAUGUAAAAGGAGGCAGAGAUUAUGAUCAGGAUUACGGCUCCUUCUUGGCUGCUUCUGAUUCAAUUGGGUCAAAUUUGUGAAUUGUUCAGUUUAAAAUGGAGAUUUUCUCAGUAGUUCUGCGUAAAUCAGUGUGUGUUUUAUAUAAAGGUGCUCUACGAUAAUGUCCGUUAAUAAUUAUUAUAAAUUAUUUGUAUUCUUAUUUCAGCGCUUAGGUUUAAAAUUGGAUUUUUUAAAAUAUUAUUUCUCCAGGUCCCGGGUCGGUUUAUCAUCAGUUUAUGCAUGUCACCACCUGGACACAUUAAAGAUCUAAAUAUGCGAGACAAAUAAAUGCCAAUUUACUAAAAAUUACUAAAUGUUUAGGCAUUUACGUGUUGUUUUGUUUCAAAUUAAAAGGGGGAGGAGGGGCGGAGGCAUUUUC